GGCGCCGUCGGAGACGCCGCGAUGCGCUCCGCCUCAGUGCUGGUGCUGGUGCUGCCGCUGGCGUUUGCCAGCAGCGAUCGCUGUCAAGAACUAACCAGCGAGUUCUGCGCCACACAACCCUACAACAGGACGAUAAUGCCCAACAUACUGAACCACACGACGUUGGAUAUGGCGGCGCUCGAGGCGCAUCAGUUCGCGCCGCUGGUGAAGGUCGGUUGCAGCCCCAGCCUGGCGUCGUUCCUCUGCCUGCUGUACUUCCCUCCGUGCACAGUGCUGGACGUUGCGACGCCGCCGUGUCGCGAGCUGUGCCAAGCAGCCAGGGACGGCUGCGAGCCGCUGAUGAACAAGUUUGGACUCCGUUGGCCGUUCUCCUGCGAGCAGUACCCGGCGGCCGGUGGGCUGUGUGCCGGGGCGCCGGUUAACGUCGCUACGUCGCCGCCGCCGCCGCCGCCAGCCAGGACCACCAGCGCCCCGCCGUCAAUAGGGACGUCCGCCGAGCCCGUGCGGCCGACGCCGGCGGCCUGCGCGACGGCGCCGCCGCUGACCGACCUGGCCGCCAUCGACCGCAUGCUGACCCAGCUAUUGCAGUACUCGGAGCGGCUGCAGGAGCUGCACGAACAGAACCUGCGGCUGGAGCAGCAGAAGCUCCAGCUGGAGAUCGAGCUGCUGCAGCGUCAGCUCCGCUCCGGCUAGGCGCGGGCGGCGCCAGCGACUGUGGGCGGUGCAGUGUCAGAUGAUCGGCGGGCGGUGCGGUGUCGGGUCAUGUAGGGCGGUACGACGUGGGCGGUGACCGUGGGCGGUGCAGUGUCAGACCAUCGGCGGGCGGUGCAGUGUUAGGCCAUCGGUGGCGGUGCGGUGUCGGGUCAUCGGUGGCGGGCGGUGUCGGGUCAUGUGGGGCGGUACGAUGUGGGCGGUGACCGUGGGCGGUGCAGUGUCAGACCAUCGGCGGGCGGUGCGGUGUCGGGUCAUCGGCGGGCGGUGUGGUGUCGGGUCAUGUGGGGCGGUACGAUGUGGGCGGUGACCGGGACGUAGUGCCGGCGCGGGAAGACGGGUGGCGGUGGUUUGUCCCGGUGCUCUCCGGCUGAGGAAGAGAGAGAAAACAGGGGUGCGAGUAGCCUGCUUUGUGGGUUGACGUAAGCUGAUCAAUA